GGCCGGCCGACGUUCAAGCUAGCGCUGCUGGAGGAUCGUUGUUGGUUGAGUCUCCUAAUUUUGUGUGGAUUCCACGUCAACUUUUUUCUUGUUACCGUACAAGGCAGGGUAACAGGGUUACAAGUUACUAGAGAGCUACGGGCAACGUUACAAACGGAAGUAGAACUCCGGACUACAACUUAAAAAAUACACAAUUUACCAACGCAAACGUUAGGCCUUGGCUUAAGCUGAGCGGCCACCCAACGCAACCCAUCCAGUCGUCACCGCUGCAGACCCCGAUGGUUAUGACAUUGUUCCCCCGAUGAGAGCGAGCUUGGGUCCCGGGGUAAAAAACAACUGGGAGCUUGGUACUUGACACUAAUUACAAGAAAGGUUUCACCACUGAUCAUUCAGGAUGGGUGUCUUUGAAAAAUGUCAUAUCGUGUUUGAUCUUGAUGCGAUCAAAGUUAGCUACAAGAUCCGUCAGGGAUUGAAGGCGAAGAUUACCAGUCAGAAUGGAAUGGUGGCAUAUUCACUCAAUAAUAAGACAACUCACAUGAUCGUUGAUGAAAGCAAAAGAAGAGGGUUCUCUCAUAAAUGUAGCAAAGCACAGAAGCUUAACAUUCCCAUCGUCAGCGUAUCUUACGUGGACGACUGCGUUGCCGCAUCUCGACUGCUCAAUCCUACUCCAUACUUGGUCGUUGACACGCAGGCCCAGUCUAGGUUUGGUCAUGGAAAGAUAUCAGGUAUUCGCCAAAGGAAAGACAAAGACUCGAUCAUCAAAAAGAGAGUGCUUCAUGUGGAUUUACAUUCUGUGAGGGUGUAUUCAUGGAAUGACCCGAAUGCACCAGACUUUCCGUCUGAAGGACAAUAUCUUGUUGCCAGAAGUCUUCUGCUAGAUAGUGUGAAGGAGGAGAAGAAAAGUAAACAUAUUUUCUACCAGUUAGAGUUACAUGCUGUAAAGAAGGAUAAAGGAGAGAGAAUGGAUACCCAGGCAGGCAAUGAGUUCAUGUAUCGAGUGUUUUCACACCAUGGUAACGUGAAUGAACUGAAGGAUGAAGAUAGUGGAGUAAGAGAGUGUCGAUACUUGAAGACAAGCCAAGCAGCUGUUGAUAUCUACCGUCAGUUAUAUGAGCAACGUAUCAAGCCGCCAUGGAAGAUGAAACGGUGUAAGAAGAUGAUUUCUAGGUGGAUUGGAUCUCCGACAUUUAGAAAGGAUUCCUUUGAUGCGGGUUAUUUGGCUGGUGAGAAGCUUUCGUCGGAUUUAAUAGCCCUUGUGGAGCAGAUAUGGAUGGAAGCUGUAGGUCAUCUCAAUGACAUACUCUCAUGCCCUAUGGAUAGGGUGUCACGUGACCAGGUUGAGAAAGGAGAAUCCAUUCUCCUCCAGAUCAAAGAAGGAUUGGAUGCCAAUAGAAGUCAAGCCGUUCUACUCAAGCUGAGUCGUGAAUACUAUGACAAGAUUCCGCAUAAGAAGCAGCCUAGUUUGAAGACUAAACAGGAUAUCACAAGAGAGCAAGGAAUCUGUCAGUUGCUUAGCGAUGUUCACAGCGUCUGUGAGGCCACUGAUUGGUCCAUGCGUGGGAGUACAGAGGCCAAGUAUCGUACUCUCCGCUGUCAUAUGGAACUACUAGGAUCAGAAUCGGCAGAGUAUGAGCAGAUUUCAAAACAGAUUCAAGACAGCUUGACAGGGGGCAAUUCCAUCAAGGUGAAGAGAAUCUUUGCCGUUGAACGAUUUGUAGAAAGGUCCAACUUCGCACAUCACCUUGGCAACAAGAAGCUUUUGUUCCAUUCCUCCAAGCCAUCCAACUUCUUGGGUAUCCUUUCAAGAGGUUUGCUGAUGCCUAAGAUAGUGGUUGAUGAUUUAGGAGUCAGCCGGACAGAUGCUGGUAUGCUGGGACAUGGAAUCUACUUUGCUGACAGUGCAAGCACCAGUGCAUGUUACUCUGUCCAAAGCAAACUGAGUAAUAGUCGUUUUCUGAUGAUAUGUGAGGUGUCCUUGGGCAGAUGCCAUGAAGUCACCCAAUAUCACCCAGACCUGGACCGACCUCCGAGUGGCUUUGAUAGUGUUGAGGGUUUAGGAGCGGUAGGUGGACAGAUAGCUUCCGAUUUCAGUGCUAAUGAGUUUACAAUCUACAAUGUGAACCAACAACGACUGAGAUACUUGGUUGAGUUCACUCUGCCUGAGGAUCAGACUGACACUCCUUCAACGUUCAUCCCUGAUCUUCCGACUGUUCCCAUGGAAACGAAUGACACCAAAGAGCUACCAAUACCUCCACCUGUUGAAAUGAAAGAUGUACUGGCUGUCCCUAACCCUAAUGAUAAGGUUGUAAGUGGUUUACAAAGUACAUCCAGCAAGCCUAUUCCACUCAAGAACGUAUGCGUCCGAGCAAAGAUGAUGGACCUAGCCGCACAGGUCGUCAUCUUCCAGGAGUACGACAACGUGAACCGGGAGUCCAUCGAAGCCAAGUAUGUAUUCCCCCUGGAAGACAGUGCUGCAGUGUGUGGUUUUGAGGCAUUCAUUGGAGACAAGCACAUUGUGGGUACGGUCAAGGAGAAAGAACAGGCUCACAGGGAAUACAAGGAAGCCAUCAGUAAGGGGCACGGAGCCUAUCUCAUGGAUGAAGAAGCACCGGAUGUGUUUACCGUGAGUGUGGGCAACCUGCCUCCCAAGGUCAAGGUUGUGAUUAAGAUCACCUACGUGAUUGAGCUGUCGGUUGAGGGGGAUAAGAUUGCCUUCAGUCUACCGGGGUCCGUUGCACCAUGGCGUAAGGAGGCUGCCAUCUCACAAGUAUUACAGAAGGACGUUGCUACUUUAAAGGUCAAAGACCAGUCAUCGAUUUCGUUCUCACUGGCAGUGUCUGUUGAGAUGGCAGCAGAUAUCACAUCAAUACAAUCUACAACACACCCCCUAAAGAUCAAACAAACGGCAACCAAGGCUGUAAUAACCCUACCCGAUGACUGUAAAAGUCUUGGGGAAGGUUUUCAGUUGUUAGUUGGUGUAACCGAUAUCCAUCGUCCUCGCAUGUGGGUCGAGCAACAUCCAGAGAACAAGGACAGUCAGGCAUGCAUGGUGACCUUCUACCCUGACUUCGAAGCCAGCAGUGUCGAGAAACCCGAGAUCAUCUUACUCAUAGACUGUUCCAAUUCCAUGAAAGGAGAACCUCUCAAGCAAGCUAAGAAGAUUCUCCUCCUUACCUUACAUCACAUGACUGAUGACUGCAUCUUCAAUGUUGUCACCUUUGGAACAGGCUUUGAGGAGCUGUUUGCUAGCAGCCAAGCCAAGACGGAGUCCACCGUCCAAGCUGCCACGGUGUUCAUCAACCAGGCGUGUGCCACACAGGGCAACACCGAUGCAUGGCGCCCUCUCCAGUCCUACUUUCUGCUUCGAUCAGAGGGACUUCAGAACCUCUUUCUGGUGUCCGAUGGUCAUAUCAACAAUGAGCAGUCUACUCUGGAUGCUAUAUCUCAAAACACACACUCCCGUAUCUUCACAUUUGGUAUCAGUUCCAGCUCCAACCGGCAUCUGUUGAAAGGCAUGGCAAGAGUCGGGCGUGGUGCUUUUGAGUUCUUCGACAACAAUGCGAAAUCAAAGUGGGAAUCCAAGGUGAAAGCUCAGUUGAGCAAGGCCAAACAGCCAUCAGUAUCAUCCCUCGAUGUCCAGUGGAAACAGCAUGACAAUGACCCUCCUACUCCGGUCCAAGCCCCUCGUCAGCUGACAUCACUCUUUAAUGGCUCCAGACUGGUUGUGUAUGGCUUCGUGCAAUACUGCACGGAGGCUUGUUUGAAGGCUAGCAUUGAUGGAGAGGAGGUGUCCACCAUGGUAUCAACACCAGAGCUCUGCAUCACAAAAGGACAGAUGUUGCAUCGGUUGACGGCCCGUGCAGUGAUCAGAGACUGGGAGGACGGCACCCUAGACCCUGACAAGACCCACCACGAGGCAAGGAAGAAUCAACAGAAGUCUUAUGUCAUCGAUCUGAGCAAGAAGUAUUCCAUCGUCACUCAACUCACCAGUUUCGUCGCCAUUGAAAAGAGAGAAAAGGGAGAGGACUUGAAGGGGAGAUCGGUGAGUUUGGCGAAGCUUGCCAAGAAAGAGGAUGUGGACUUUCUCUCCUACAUGGACUGGCAGAAGACAGUAAGAUUAGAUUCAGACGAAGAUGUGGAUCCCAUGCGGAAGGUGGAGGACCUACUGGAACAGGCCAACAAGGAGAGCACAUUCUCAGUGUUGAAGGCAGAGGAGUAUUAUCAACAAGCGUUUGACAUAGCAACCGAUCAUUUACCAGACUCCACAGAAGUAUAUAUCAAGACUGCUUCUGCACUCCAUGAGUUCCUGAGAGAUUCUAAACGGGAAUUGGAUAAGGCAGACCAACUGUCGAGGAAGGUCAAAAGAGCUCGCUUGAAUCAUGAAACAUUGAGAACUGAUAAAAGACUUGCAGAGAUGAUGAGAGGAAUGUUCCCUGCCAUUAUUCAACCUCAGGAGCAGCAACAACAAUAUGGUGCAAUCAAGGAGACAAUGGGGAGAACGUUACAAGCAGCCGUAAAUAAAAGAAGCAUGGCUCUCUCCUCUGAUUUCGUUCUUGAAAAAGCAUCCAUAACAACCAGAACAAGACCUCAACCACAGAAAUUAUUAGCAAGGGGCAUAGAAAAAAAAGGAGUUCUAGGAAUGCCUUUAAGAAGAUUACGUACUACUGCUGAUGCUCCUCCUUCUCUUGUUACUGCUGCUUCUGCUGGUGGUGGUGGUGGGGGUGCUGGUGUUCCCCCACCUCCUUGUGAUGGUAUUUUUGCUGCAGGUGCUCCGCCUCCACCACCUCCUGAUGUUUGUGCUGCUCCUCCUCCUCCUCCUCAAAGUGGGUUUUAUGCUCCGCCUCCUUAUCGUGGCCGUGCUGCUCCUCCUACUGGUGGUGUGUGUGCUCCUCCUCCACCGCCUCUUGGUGUUUGUGCAGCUCCUUCACUUCCUCCUCAAUGGUUUUAUGCUCCGGCUCUUUCUCUAGGCCGUUCUGCUGCUCCUCCUAGUGGUGUAUGUCCUCCUCCUCCACCGCCUCCUGGUGUUUGUGCUGCUCCUUUACUUCCUCCUCCUCUUCAAAGGUUCUAUGCUCCGCCUCCUUCUCGUGGCCGUUCUGUUGCUCCUCCUACUGGUGGUGUGUGUGCUCCUCCUCCACCGCCUCCCGGUGUCUUCGCUGCUGCUCCACCUCCUCCCCGAAGUGGCUUUCAUGCUCCGCCUCUUCCGCUUCCUUCUCGUGGCCGUUUUGCUGCUCCUGCUCCUCCACCACCUCCUGGUGGUGGUCCUUCUGCUGCUUCGGCUCCUCCUGCACAUGUUGGUGCCAUGUUUGGUGCUCCUGUGUAUGGUGCUGCUCUUCCUCCUCCAUCAUCACGUAAAGCUGCUAGUGCUCCUCAUCCGCCAUCUCCACCUCUGAGUGAAGCCAUUAGUGCUCCACUUCCACCUCGAUACCAAGCUGCUAGAGCUCUUCCUCAAUCAAUGUCAGCACCAUCUCCACAGAAGUCUGGACAUACGGAUCUAGUAAAACCCUUUGGUUUAAACGUGGGUGGAAAAGGUCGUCCCAAACCAAGAGGAACUUCGGAAUUCGAGGACCGUGCUGGAGGUUUGGAGAGAAUAUCUGAUAAAGCUUCCAGCACAUAUGAAAGUGAUCUAUCCCUAGUAGAUAUUAGGGCUGACUCAAUAAUGAUGGGGAGCUCAGUUCUGUCACAGAGACUUGCUACACAAAAACAAACAUUUGGAAAAGCCAUGCAGCAGCGCUCCCCUUCUGCAUAUUCACCAACCUCUCCUGCAUAUUCUCCAGCUUCUCCUGCAUAUGCUCAAGUUUCUCAAGAUUUUGAUUCUUCUCAUUCUUCACUUGUUCAACAGGCCAUGCAGCCACUACACAAUUUUUCUCGUUUCUCAUCGGGUUCGGGUGUUGAACCUGCCUCCCAACCGCAAAAGGUUAGUAACAAAGAAAGAGAUCGUAUUCAUCAAGGUAGUACAGUGUUAGCACCAUCUAAAGAUGUGGAAUUCUGUGGGUUUGGAGUGGAUGUUGGUGAUGAUUUAGUGGAAGAAAGAAGUGAAUGUGAAAGAGGUGUCAGUUUUCUUGAUAGUAAAAAUGAAAAUGGCAGAGAAAAGGUCUUUAAAGGUGGGGAUCUUGAUACUACUCAAAGCAAGAAACGUGAGACAAAGCGACUACAGGAGCAUGACAGACAGGUUGAAGAUAGACCAAGUUCUGACCGUGAGUCCAGAGAUAGUGGAAGUCUACAACAAAGGCCUCAAUUCCAAAGGUUUAAUGUUGCCAUGGAUAUCACAGCUCAAGCUUUCAGUCAAGAAUCGUAUCCAAAUGGACGUCAGCAUUCCCAAGGUGUGCUAGACAAAUCUGUGAGUGAUUCCACUGGAAAACCUCAGAGCCUGAGACUUGGAACUGGAACACAUGUGUGCCAUUCGAGUGUUACUGAGACGCCUUUGCAACCUGAUAAUUGGUUUGGACAGGAUCAGAAUGCUCCUGAGAUAUUAGAGCAACCAGAGGAAGUAUCCAAAACAUCCCCGGAAUCCCCAAGCAAAUCUGCACAGGAAAUGGAAUCAUCAGAUAUGUCAUUGCUACAUCCAAAUCAAGCCAACAAUGCCCCCUGCCCAAGACAAGGAAGCGAGCCUGAAAUUCCUGAUGUCAAUGGGCCUGCAUCACAAGAGCAGUCUACAUGCAAUCGUGGAAGUACAGAACUACCACCCAAGAGCUUGCCUUUCCAGAUGUCGGGAAGAGUGUCUAAGCCCACAUUGGGUCUAUUUGGAUCUUCUUCCUCACAAUCUGACAGUAUGUCCUUCAAGAAAUCUGAAUCAGCUCAACAAUCUACUACUAAAGUUUUUGGUGGUCAGUUACAAGGGUCACCUUUUUGUGGUCUGUCACAAAAAUCAGCUUCUUGCUCUGUUGGUACGCCAAAAGGAUUGAGUUUCGGUGGUCAGUCACAAGGAACAGAUUUGGGUGGUCAGUCACACGGGUCACUUUUUGGUGCUCAGUCACAAAAGUCUGGAUUUGAUAGUCAGUCUAAUGGGUUCAGUUUUGGUGGUCAGUCACAAGGAACGGGUUUUAGUAGCCAGUCACAAGGGUCACUUUUUGGUAGCCAGUCACAAGGGUCAUUUUUUGGUGGUCCAUCAAAAGGAAUUGGUUUCCGUAGCCAGUCACAAGGGUCACUUUUUGGUAGCCAGUCACAAGGGUCAAUUUUUGGUGGUCCAUCAAAAGGAAUUGGUUUUGGUAGCCAGUCGCAAGGGUCCCCUUUAAGUAGCCAGUCACAAGGGUCACUUUUUGGUGGCCAGUCACAAGGGUCACUUUUCGGUGGUCCAGCACAAGGAAUGGGUUUCGGUAGCCAGUCACAAGGGUCACUUUUUGGUGGUCCAUCACAGGGAAUAAGUUUUGGUAGCCAGUCACAAGGGUCAAUUUUUGGUGAUCAGUCACAAGGGUCACUUUUGAGUGACCAGUCACAAGGAACUGGUUUCGGUAGCCAGUCACAAGGGUCACUUAUUGGUGGUCCAGCACAGGGAAUGGAUUUAGGUAGCCAGUCACAAGGGUCCCCUAUUAGUGGCCAGUCACAAGGGUCAUUUUUUGGUGGUCCAUCACAGGGAAUGUGUUUUGGUAGCCAGUCACAAGGGUCUCCUUUUAAUGGCCAGUCACAAGGAUCACUUUUUGGUGGUCAGUCACAAGGGUCACUUUUUGGUGGUCCAGCACAAGGAAUGGGCUUCGGUUGCCAGUCACAAGGGUCACUUUUUAGUGGUCCAUCACAGAGAAUGGGUUUCGGUAGCCAGUCACAAGGGUCAAUUUUUGGUGGUCAGUUACAAAAGUCUGUUGAAAGUCAGUCACAAGGGUUUAGUUUUGGUAGUCAGUCACUAAGGUCUAGAUUUGAUAGACCAUCAAAAGGGUUAUUUUUUGGUGGUCAGUCACAGGGGUUAAGUUUUGGAAGUCCAACUUGUGCCACUGCUCGGAUGCAUAGUGCUGUCUCAAGAGUGUCAGGGGUGUCCAGUCUUGAUGAAUCUCAAGGAUCUGUUUUCAGCGGUCAGCAUGAAGCAAAUGAUCAAGCUCAAAGUGCUGCAAGGGUAUCAAAUGGAUUCGGUGGUCAGUCCGAAGGAAGGGCUCGGACACAUAGUAAUGUUCCACGAGUGUCUCAAGGAUUUAGUUUCAGCGAUCGGUCAAGGGCAGACAACUGGACACAUGCCAAUGCCCCGGUAGCAUCACAGGGUUUAGGAUUUGCCAGUCACUCCAUCGCCGAGACACAACUUCAAGAUUCUUUGCUAAGCUAUGAAGAAGUGAGGUUUCAGAGCACCAGACGUUCUGUGAAGACUACUCAGAGCCAUGCUGGAGAUAUUAUUUAUUCAAAUGAAUUAGUGUUAACUAAAGAGGAGAAGACUAAGAAGAAGAAGAAAGCAGUUUCAUACAAACGAGAAGAGGAGCAAAAGAAACAAGUUUUAUACGAACAAGAUGUCUAUUGCUUGAUGGACCCUGUAAUGGAAAUGAACCGUGAAAAGGAAUUAUAUGCAAAGGGUGGUAAGGGACUCGAUAGAGACGAGGAGAAAGAGCAAAAACAAGAAGAAGUAUUACAUGUAGAUGUACAAUUUGGAGAUUUUACUGCGAUGUGUGAAGAAACAGCGCUUGAAGGAGAAGAAGACGAGUAUGAGUAUAUGGAUUUUUUGUGUAACAUGGCUCCUGCUCUUGAAGGGAAGAAAGACAGUGUCCAAUCAGAUCUGUUGGGUGAUAAAAGUUGCAAUAGAGACAAGAAGAAAAAGCAGAAAGAAGAAGUAUUAGAAGUACAGUUCGGAGAUUUAGAUGAAUGUUUUGAUGCUCUUGAAGAAGAGGUCUUUAAGUCGGUUUCAAGGGUUAAUUUGGUUCCUGCGAAGGGGAAGAAAGACAAUGUCCAAUCAGAUUUGUUGAUAUUAGAUGGAGGAAGUUCAGAGGAAUCUGAUGAUGAUGAUGAUUAUGAGUUCGGCUUAUUUGACGAGGAGGCUGAGGAGGAGGAAACCGAGGAGGAGGGGCGGGGUAAGAGGCGUCAAUACAGGACACUUAGGACAGCGGAAAGGAGGAGUUUGAGAAGGUCACGCUCAAGGUCACGUUCAAGGUCACGCUCAAGGUCUCAUUCUGAUGGAGAGGAAGUAACAGUUGAAGAAACGAGAUCUCGCGUCUACACCCGGCCGCAUGAGUUGGGGAUGUGGCAGAGGGCCUUGUGUACUGGAAACAUACCAGAGUCUUUCAGUGGAUGGACCACGGGGGAGCUCUCCGUUAUAAAGCAGGCCGUGAACGAUUACAUGAUGACCCUAGAACCCUUUGUGGUUCCUGUUAUAGUAGAGUCGUUACCGGACAAGGACACUCUGGAGUCCUUGCUUGUUAUGGAUCUCUUCAGCUGUGUAGACAAUCCAGAUGAUGAUGAUGACGCUAGUUCCAGUGAUGAAUGGGAGCCUGAACUGCAGUUAUUCUUCACUCUUGGUAAACAUGUAAGCUUUGUGAAACUGUUUGGCCUGCUCAAGAAUGCAGGCAUAUACUCACUUGGAGAGAAGAUUGGUGCCAAACUUCUGAGAGUGUUGAUGGUGUCUCUGGUCGUGUGUUGUGCCAAGAAACUGUCAUCUACCAGGCCCACUGGUCAUCUCAACCUCAACCAGCUCACCCAGUACAUUCAACAUCUGGAGAUCGCACGAACAGAUUCCUGGAUUGAGGUUGCUUCUCGGAUGAUUGCAGACUAGCUAUGCUCACCAUUGUGAUUGUAAGGAUUCCUGGAGAGAGGUUGCUUCUGAAAUAAUUGCAGGAUAAUGUUAAGCUCAGCACUGUGCUUCUAUGAAAUCCUGGAGAGAGGUUGCCUCUGGGAUAAUUACAAAGUAGUUAAAGAUUUCGUUUCAGAGAGGCUGGGGUAGGAACCACCUCCCAAUAUGUUAUGCACAAAAAGUCAUGAUUCUACUUGACUUGAGCAUCUUUCAUAUCUUUUUUAUUUGCUCAAAAAUAAUGGAAAUCUUCAAAAUUAAUUACGUGUAGUUUGAAGUCAGGUUGUGAUCAAAAUUGUGUUACCAAUUAAUCACUUUCUCCUGCUCAUUGAAAUAGUAGUAUGAAGUAAUCUUAGAUAAUUGCCUUUAAAAAAAUUCUAUGCUUCUUUAUGAAAUGAAAACUUAUUAUCGAUAUGGUUAUUUUAUCAGAUGGACUAAUUAGUUACCAUUAAUAAAAUCAAUCACAUUUUCCUUCUAUUGUUGACAAGUGAGGCACUGAAUGUUUUGUGAUGCCUUACCAGAUGAUUCAUAUUUCAAGCCUUAUGAAAAAAAUUACAUGUAUUUGAAAUGUCCAUCCCAAAUUAUGUUUUUGUCAUGCAUUACAUUAGAAAACCCACACCGAUACGGAUAAGUCUGUAGUGCAAUUACAUCUUGGUAAAGAUUACCAAAAUUGCAAAGAUAAUUGCUCUUAUCUGGUUAUAAUCUCAGAUCAGAGUUAGAAAAUAUAUUUUUUAAAAGGAGAGAACUAUAAUGAUUAGAUAUUUUCUUUCUCUCUAUACUAUAUCUCUCUGUAAUGCAUUUCACAAAAGUAUAAUGAUAAUGGUCAGUUCUUGUAUAGCACAAAACACAUUAUGAAUAACAUCUCUAUGCGCUUGCAAAGAACUUGGAUAGUAUUACAAAGGAUGGUUAUAUUUCAUGAAAAUAUAGUUAAGAGGUAACAAAUUAAUUUAUCAAUUUAUCAAAAAAAUCAAUUGGCAUUGACUACGCAAUUUCUUAAUAACAUACUAAUCGUUUGUUCAUCAGUUGAUGCUAUUGCCCUUUCAGGUUUGAAGGUUUGAUUUUUGUGUAUAGUUGUCGGACUUGUUAUUUUGAUAGUGGAGAUGUAUACUUUUGAAAUAUUUCAUCUUGUAAAUAUUAACAUGUUUGGUCUGUCAGUUAGAGUUGGCUUUAUUGUAUUAUUGUGUGAAAAUAGUCUUUUUGUUUACCUUACAAGUAAAUGUCAUAUAAUUGGAAUCGAUACCCAAUUUAUAAGAGUUCCUUUCCUUUUCAUUUGAAUAACUUAUGCGAAUACACGCCAAAGUGUGUUAGAAAAUAUAUGAUUAUAUAUCUUUAUUUAUGGAAAUUAUACAUGAAGAAAUUAGCUAAGCAGUCCAUUUAAAAAUGGUUAUUUUGUUGAAAUUGUUAUUUGUCUGUAG